AUGUCACAAGAUCUCAUUCGAAAGGAAUGUACUCUACGCGAAAUUAACCUCAACACCCGAACAAACAAGGCCGCCCGGAUCAAAUGCCUUCGCCACUACGAUGCGCUUGUGAAUAAGGGUGAAGAAGCUUCAGCGGCAUCGACAGUGGCUUCCGGAAACACUCGUCGGAUGAAGCACAGCAUGUUCCGCCUAGCCAACGUGCUCAUUGAAACGACGGGGAAAAACUUCGACCGAGGAGAUUUGGACGACGCCCAGUCCUCUCAAAGGGCGCUGUUCUGGCGAGACGUAGCCGCCAGCUAUCAGAAGGGUGAUGAAGAAUAUAGCGGGCUCAUCUUUCGUGAUGCGGACUUCGAUGGGAUCGAGCCUGGCAUCAUCGUUCCCCAUAGCGCAGCAAAGCUGGAAGAGUUUAGGAAAGAGCUGACGUCAUUUUGCAGCAUUUAUGAAGCUAAUUUCCGUUUAUCAGGUACUCAUGAUCGGGAAUUCAAGAAGUUCAUCCACGGUAAAGUUGACGUCCUCUUCUUGUGGUACUGGACUAAGGUAUGCAUGACCAUUUAA